AUGGUAUUAGCCCGCGUGGCUGAAUACCUCUGGCCAGCCUCAGAAACGGACCAGCGAGCGCCAGUCGCGCCGCUCAACUACAUCGACCAUGGCGACGACACCAGCGCUACGGGACGGAAGACAGAAGGAUCUGCCGCGGAUAGAACACGGGUCAGCGCUGCAAAGGCGGUAGACGUUGAGCAUGAAGAACACCGACCGCCGUAUCUUCAUGCUAUGUUGGCAGGUGGCAUUGGAGGCGCCAUGGGCGAUAUGUUGAUGCACAGUCUGGAUACGGUCAAGACGAGGCAACAAGGUGAUCCGCACAUGCCGCCAAAGUACACCAGCAUGGGCAACACAUACUACACCAUCUUUCGGCAGGAGGGCGUUGUGCGCGGACUCUACGGAGGUGUGACGCCGGCUUUUGUGGGCUCACUGGCCGGCACCGUGAUUUUCUUUGGAUGUUACGAAAGAAGCAAACGGCUCAUGAUCGAUAACGGCGUUACACCGUCUGUUGCAUACUUUGCAUCGGGCUGGGUCGCAGAUCUGGCCGCAGCUCCGUUGUAUGUCCCGACCGAAGUGCUCAAGACGCGACUGCAGCUACAAGGACGAUACGACAACCCAUACUUCUCCAGUGGGUACAACUACAAAAGCACGAUGAACGCACUGCGAACAAUAUACCGGGUGGAGGGUGCCAGAGAGCUAUUCUCGGGCUAUAAGGCGACACUUCUCCGAGAUCUGCCUUUCUCCGCGUUGCAAUUCACCUUCUACGAGCAAGAGCAGAAAGUCGCCAAACAAUGGGUCGGGCCCGGCAAGGAGAUUGGACUUCCGCUAGAGAUCCUAACAGGAGCAAGCGCUGGUGGAAUGGCAGGUAUCUUGACAUGUCCGAUGGAUGUCGUCAAGACGAGGAUACAAACAGAACUGGAUCCGGAGCUUGCAGCUGCAGCAAAGGAGAAGAAAGGUGCUGCAAAGACUGCCGCCACAAGCGCAUCAAAGCCCGCAUCAACCAACGCAGCACGAUCCGCAGGUCCAGCCGCGAACACUACACACCGUCCAUCGCCCGCAUCAGCAUCACCCUCAAAAGCACGCUUCAUCUCCACAGCUGGUCCAGGCACAGCAUUGAAGAACCACGGCCAGGUACCACUCGACACAGAGUCUGUCGCGAAAGCUCUGCGCAUCAUAUACCGAACCGAAGGCCUGGCAGGAUGGUUCAGAGGCGUCGGGCCACGCUUUGUGUGGACGAGCGUGCAGAGUGGAGUGAUGUUGGUGGUGUAUCAGAAGCUGCUGAGGUGGUUCGAUGCGAAUCCGCUUGUACGAAAUGACCCGGACGAAGGUUUGCGCGGUAUGAGCAGUUGA